AUGCUUCCUCUCCUUCUCCACAGACUCACUGUACAGCCUCAUCCCCCUUUGUCACUGUGUCAACUUUUACUUUUCCUUCCACACCUCAUGUCCUUUACUCCCACAGCACUGCAUGGUGUCACUAAAGAAUGAUUAGGUUCAUGUUUUCCAGUCCCGACUGUUUCUAUUUCUGUUGGUUUGGUAUAAUAAGAGGCCUCCAUGCAUGGCUGAUGGCUACUCUGUCCUCUCUGAAGCACUGCACACAGUCUGCUUUAGUUUUUUUUAAUGAUUACUCAUACUGUCUUUAUGCAUAUAUGUAUUAUUUUAAUUUUUUCAUAUUUGUGCCCCAUCAAUACUACUUGUUAGGUUUUGAUUUCAUAAUAUUGUGCUGAUUUUUUUUGGAGACAGCUGUGAGUGUAUAACGUCUGUCUCGUUUUGUACUCUUGUCUCUUCAUGUCGUGCUGCAUGAUUUCUAGAGAUGCAUUAUGAACUGCAAAUAUAUAUAUAUGUAAAAAAAUUACAAUUAACUGCUGCUCGUAAGUGGAAAGUCCAGUUCUGCCAAGAGGAAAAUGAAAAGAUUUAAUUCAAUUCACUUCAUAUUAGUGCUUUGACUUUUAUAUUCAUGUUUGAAAAUGCGGCACUACUUCCAAAAAUUUGAAUUUUCUCGACAAAAAAAAGCUGGUAUAUUCAUCAUAUAAAAUGACAUUUUAUUUCCCUUUUUGAAAUAAUGUAUCAUUAUAAUCAGAACACUGAACAAAAAAAAAUACCAUUAAAGACUCCCAAUGCAAUAUAAUAUGCAACAUAAUUAAAAUUGGACGAUACCAUUAAAAAUGAUUAAAAUUGUGACAUAUAUUUUUGGUGCAUUUUUAAGAAAGACCUGUGCGACGUUCAUAAGAUUUAAGCUAAAAUUAUCUAAAUUCAAACUCACAAUCCAAUUUCCAUAUUCAAAUUUGUAAAAAAAAAAAAUGGAAUUUAAAGGAAUUACCCCAAUUUGGGGUAAAAACAGUCAUUUUCACUUAAGUUAGUCUUUUUUUGUCCCAUUAAAAUUGAUAAAUUACACAAACAAUCAAAAAUAAUUGAAUAUAAUAAAAACACUGUAAGUGUUUUCUCUUUGGGAGUAGUUCUGCUACAGCUAAAUUGAUUAAGUGAUUUUAUUUUAAUCAUGGCGUCCCUGGCCUCCCACACAUAACAAUCUCCCUCAUCACAGUGUUAUGAGUGCAUGUAUUUUUAUAAACAGUCAUAUUAUAGACUUUUUUACUUCAAACAAACACUGCUAAUCAUUAAAAAAGCAAUGGGAAGCUUCUAAUGCUCUCGUAUAAUUACCUGCGCUGGCACGGACUGGCAUGUUGCAUCCAUGCUAAACGUUAAUUUGCACCAUUCUGAGCUUUGGACUGUGUAAAGUUUUGAAACCAUCACGUUAGUCACUGUAUCUUCACACUUGUGUAAACAACUUUCUCACAUUAAAUCGGACCACACUUACAGAAUGGCAAGAGUGGAUUCACCCCCCUGCAUAUCGCUGCCCACUAUGGCAAUGUCAAUGUGGCCACACUCCUGCUGAACCGAGGGGCGGCGGUCGACUUCACUGCAAGGAACGGGAUUAUUCCCCUACACGUUGCCUCCAAACGUGGCAACACUAACAUGGUCCGACUGUUACUCGACCGUGGCUCUCAGAUCGAUGCUAAAACAAGGGAUGGUCUCACCCCACUCCACUGUGCUGCUCGGAGUGGACACGACACAGCUGUGGAGCUGCUGCUGGAGAGAGGAGCGCCACUACUGGCUAGGACCAAGAAUGGACUGUCUCCUCUCCACAUGGCGGCACAAGGGGAUCACGUCGAAUGCGUCAAACACCUUCUGCAGCACAAGGCGCCUGUUGAUGACGUCACACUGGACUACCUGACAGCACUGCACGUGGCGGCACACUGUGGUCACUACAGAGUUACCAAGCUGCUGCUGGACAAGAGAGCCAACCCCAAUGCCAGAGCACUGAACGGCUUCACUCCGCUGCACAUAGCCUGUAAGAAAAACCGUGUGAAGGUGAUGGAGCUGCUGGUCAAAUAUGGAGCCUCCAUCCAGGCCAUCACAGAAUCUGGUUUGACUCCCAUCCACGUAGCAGCCUUCAUGGGUCACCUGAACAUCGUCCUGCUGCUGCUGCAGAACGGAGCCUCGCCUGACGUCAGCAACAUUCGUGGGGAAACAGCAUUGCACAUGGCAGCCAGAGCGGGUCAGGUGGAGGUGGUUCGAUGUUUGCUCAGGAAUGGAGCGAUCGUGGACGCCAGAGCUCGGGAGGACCAGACUCCCCUCCAUAUUGCAUCCCGCCUGGGUAAAACAGAGAUUGUCCAGCUGCUGCUGCAGCACAUGGCCCAUCCUGAUGCUGCCACAACCAACGGCUACACUCCGCUCCACAUCUCGGCCAGGGAGGGGCAGGUGGAGACGGCCUCUGUGCUGCUGGAGGCUGGAGCGUCACACUCAAUGGCCACCAAGAAAGGUUUCACUCCCCUGCAUGUGGCCUCAAAGUACGGAAGCCUGGAUGUGACCAAACUUCUGCUCCAGCGCCGCGCUUUACCUGAUUCUGCUGGAAAGAACGGCCUCACCCCACUCCACGUUGCAGCGCAUUACGAUAACCAGAAGGUGGCGCUUCUGCUUUUGGAUAAAGGAGCUUCGCCCCACACUAUGGCCAAGAACGGCUACACUCCUCUGCACAUCGCGGCCAAGAAGAACCAGAUGGAAAUCGCCACGGUUCUGCUGCAGUACGGCGCCGAGACCAACAUCCUGACCAAGCAGGGCGUCACCCCACUCCAUCUGGCCUCGCAGGAGGGUCACGCCGACAUGGCCGCGCUGCUCGUGGCCAAGGGAGCUCAGGUCAACGUGCCCAACAAGAGCGGCCUGACUGCUCUCCAUCUGGCAGCACAGGAAGACAAAGUGGCUGUUGCUGAGAUCCUCUCCAAAAACGGAGCCAACCUCGACCAGCAGACCAAAUUGGGAUACACUCCACUGAUUGUAGCGUGUCACUAUGGCAACGCAAAGAUGGUCAGCUUCCUCCUUCAGAAUGAAGCCAAUGUCAACGCCAAGACCAAGAAUGGAUACACGCCCCUUCACCAGGCAGCGCAGCAAGGCAACACACACAUCAUCAACAUUCUGCUGCAAUACGGCGCCAAGCCCAACGCCGUCACUAUGAAUGGUAACACUGCUCUGGGUAUCGCUCGGCGGCUGGGCUACAUCUCUGUGGUGGACACACUGAGGGUCGUCACAGAGGAGAUCAUCACCACCACAACGACGGUGACAGAGAAACACAAGCUGAACGUGCCGGAGACCAUGACUGAAGUGCUGGAUGUCUCCGAUGAAGAGGCACUAAGACCCAUCGAUGAUGACGAUGUUAUGUCAGACGACUCCAUGGAUGUGGAAGGUGACGACACGAUGACGGGCGACGGAGGCGAGUAUCUCAGAGCCGAGGAUCUCAGGGAGCUGGGAGACGACUCGCUGCCCGGACAGUAUCUGGACGGCAUGAACUACCUCCGCUUCAGCCUGGAGGCCGGACGCACUGACAGUUCGGACAGGUCGUUCACGCCCACCCACCACAGCUACUACUCACCCAAACACGAAGGCAUGAUGGAGGAGAUGCUCACCAGCCACCAGGUUUCAUCACUGAGCAGGGAGAAUGAGCGGGAGUCGUACAGACUGAGCUGGGGAACUGAGAAUCUGGACAAUGUGGCUCUGUCGUCCAGCCCAAUUCACUCUGGCCAUUCCUCUCCGUGCCCUGAUCAUGGAGACCACAGCAGCUUCCUGGUCAGCUUCAUGGUGGAUGCCAGGGGCGGAGCCAUGCGCGGUUGCCGACAACACGGCCUGCGCAUCAUCAUUCCGCCCAAGAACUGCAGCGCGCCCACGCGGGUGACGUGUCGCCUGGUGAAGAGGCACCGUUUGGCGACCAUGCCCCCGAUGGUGGAGGGCGAGGGCCUGGCCAGCAGGCUCAUCGAGGUGGGGCCGUCAGGAGCCCAGUUCCUUGGUAAACUCCACCUCCCCACUGCCCCUCCACCUCUUAAUGAGGGGGAGAGUCUGGUUAGCAGAAUCCUCCAGCUCGGCCCGCCGGGGACAAAAUUCCUUGGCCCUGUGAUCGUGGAGAUCCCGCACUUUGCUGCCCUGAGGGGCAAAGAGAGGGAACUGGUGAUCCUGAGGAGCGAGACAGGAGAGAGCUGGAAGGAGCAUCACUGUGAACACACACAGGAGGAACUCAACCAGAUACUCAAUGGCAUGGAUGAGGAGUUGGACACACCGGAGGAGCUGGAGAGGAAGCGCAUUUGCCGCAUCAUCACCCGAGACUUCCCACAAUACUUUGCGGUGGUGUCGCGCGUCAAGCAGGACAGUAAUUUGAUCGGCCCCGAGGGAGGCAUCCUGAGCAGCACAGUUGUGCCUCAAGUGCAGGCAGUGUUUCCCGAGGGAGCCCUCACCAAGAGAAUCAGGGUUGGGCUGCAGGCCCAGCCAGUGAAUAUAGAUGUCGUGAGAAAGAUCCUGGGAAACAAGGCCACCUUUAGUCCCAUCGUCACCCUGGAGCCACGCAGGAGGAAAUUCCACAAGCCCAUCACCAUGACCAUCCCUGUCCCAAAGAGCAACUCAGACCCAGCCCUGAACGGUUUUGGAGGAGACACCCCUACUUUACGACUCCUCUGCAGUAUCACAGGUGGAACAACGCCGGCCCAAUGGGAGGAUAUAACAGGAACUACUCCUUUAACAUUUAUCAACGACUGUGUCUCCUUUACCACCAACGUGUCUGCAAGGUUUUGGCUCAUUGACUGUCGACAAGUCCAGGAGUCUGUCAACUUCUCCACGCAGGUGUACCGCGAGAUCAUUUGCGUCCCCUACAUGGCCAAGUUCGUCAUCUUCGUCAAGACCCACGACCCCAUCGAAGCCCGCCUGCGCUGCUUCUGCAUGACUGACGACAGGAUUGACAAAACCCUGGAGCAGCAGGAGAACUUCAGCGAGGUGGCGCGCAGUCGAGACGUAGAGGUGCUGGAAGGAAAACCUAUCUAUGCAGAAUGCUUUGGAAACCUCGUCCCCCUCACCAAAAGUGGCCAGCAUCAUCUCUUCAGCUUCUUUGCCUUUAAGGAGAACCGACUCGCGCUCUUCAUCAAAAUCAGAGACAACACGCAGGAGCCGUGUGGCCGUCUGUCCUUUAUGAAAGAACCCAGAAACUACAGGUCACUUGCCCAGAAUGCCAUAUGCAACCUUAACAUCACCCUCCCGUCAUAUUGCAAGGAGUCCGAUUCAGACCAAGAGCAAGAAGAGGAGAACGGCAGAAUACAAGAGAAAUAUGAAGAGACGGAGUCAUCAGUCCUGAAAUCAGAGCUGAUUCGAGAGCCAGACCUCCUAUCCGACGUGUCAGAGAUGAAACAAGAUUUGAUCAAAAUGACUGCCAUCUUGACUGCAGACUCUACAGAGAAAUCCCCUUCCUUAGGAGGGUGUGGUCUAGAGAAAGGGGCUGAGGACAUUUCUGGAGAACCCUUAGAAAUAAUGGAGAAAGACUUAGAGAAGGUCAAAGAGGACCUUGAGAAAGUUAGUGAGAUACUAAGAAGUGGAACAUAUGAGGGUGAGGUGGCAGAGGAGGCAGCAAAAGCAGCUAGAAUGUCGGAAGAAUGGGUUCUUCUCUCAAACAGUGAGCUAGAAGAAGCCAAAAAGAUGGCAGCUUUAGAAAUUCAAGAACCUAUUUUAAGGGAAAGUAGAGCUAACAGAGGGGCGCCGAGACCUAAAGCCAUAAAGGACAGUGGUGAUCUUAAAGAAUACCUCCUGGAUGCACCAGUAAUAUCUAAAGUAAAACCUAAGAAAGAACCAGCCACCCAAGAAAGAUUUACGGAUGUUGUCCUAAGAAAAAGUUCAAAAGUAACCUCUCCGACCAAAGGACAUGACAAAAACACUGCUGGUGAUGUUAAAAAACCACUGAGAAAGAAGGAAAAAGACCAGGGGCAGGCAGAAGAAUCAACAGAGACAGGUGCUCGCUUAAGUGUGCCAACAGCUCCUGGGCCAGCAUCACCUGUGUCCCCACUUGUUGAAGAAACUCCCAUUGGUUCAAUAAAGGACAAAGUCAAAGCUUUACAACAGAAAGUAGAAGCAGAGCAGAAGAGCAAAAAGGUCACUGGAAGCAAGCCUUCACAAUUGCCGGCUGUGGGCAAAUCCUCUCCUAAAGCCAAAGAAAGCCCUAAAUCAAAACAGGGGCCCCCUAAAUCCCCCAAAUCUGAAUCUGAAAAACUUGAGGAGACAAUGUCAGUUAAAGAACUAAUGCAAGCAUUCCAAACGGGGCAGGACCCCUCGAAAAGAAAGUCUGGGCUGUUUGAGGUCAAAACAUCCACUAAACCAAGAGCAGAGAAAACCUCAAAAUCUGAAACCAUCCAUUCCAAAUCCAUGACCAAAGCAACAAGCUCUAAAGAGCGAGAAGCAUCUUUGGAUUCUAAACCUCGCAAAAAAGAGACCAUGCAGCAAGUCAGAGGAAAAGAAACCAAGGCAGCUGCUCCUGCCCAUUCAGAGCUGACUGAAACUGUAGACUUUGGAAGUGGUGGGCUUGAUGACAGCUCCGACAGUCUAAAACAUGAGGGUGCGGCAGACUCACUAAGUGCUAGUUCUGGAGAAGGAACCCCUCAUCUAAGCUCAGAGGACAGCUACAAACAUGAGGGUUUGGCCACUCCUGGAACAAGUCCUGAAAGUCCGUGUCCGUGUUCUCCCAAAACUGGACAGCACACAAUUUCAUCACAAGCUACCACAACAGUCCAAAAACUAAAUAAAGGCACAGAGAAGUCUGGAGACUCUGGUGUAGGGGCCACUGGAGACCAACCAUCUACAGAUUUGACCCUCCCUGUUUCUUCCAGCCAGGCUGCAGAUGACCACAUUACAAGUGAGUCCUUGUAUGAUAGGAGGAGUGAGUCUAAGCCAUCUAGACCUCAAAAGCUUACAAAAAGAAUUUCAGAGACUGUAGAAUCUUUUCUUAGUGAUGAUGAGAGCCCUGGUCAUCAGUUAACAUUGCCCUUAAUUGGUUCUCCAGACUAUAGAUCCUCUUCUCUGCAUCAAGAAAACAUAGAUCCGUCAUUAAAACAAGAUUCAGAUGCUCUCAGUCCAUUUGCUGAUGAUUCUUGUACAAUAAGCCACAGAGACUCUCUAGAUGGUAGUUCACUCAUGGAAGAAAAUUCCUCCCAUAAGUCCCCCGACUCCAUUGAACCUAGCCCAACCAAGGAAUCACCUCCUCGUGACUCCUUAGAGAGUAGCCCUGUAGAGCAAAGAGGCCACCCUUUCUUUCCAUCAUCACUAGGUCUACCUAGUAAAUCCUCGAGCCAACCAGAGCCCACCAAAGCUACAGAAUUCCCUCAAGAUGCUUUACGUAGUAGGCUGCUUCGAGACCGUGAGGCUAGUGCUGAUGAUGACAGUUGUGAGCAGACAUCUCAGAUGACAAGUUCUGGUAAGAGUCCCCUCUCCCCUGAUACUCCUAGUUCUGAAGAGGUAAGUUAUGAGGUAAACCCCAGACCCCCUGACCAUACAUUCCUUUCUGUUCCAUCCAAACCAUCUGUCAUCCCUGAAGAUCCAGAAGAAGAGGACUGCUAUGAAGCUAAGAGAAAAAUUACUCCAGAGGAAGAAAUGUUUAAGAUGGCAGCCAAAAUAAAAACAUUUGAUGAAAUGGAACAAGAAGCAAAGAGCAAAAAGCACUCUAGAAAAGAUUUGUUACCUUCAGCAGAUGCCAAAUUAGGGGAUGACAGACAUGAAGCAUUAGAGCCCACAAGUGAUUGUGGGCUUGAUAGACCCACAGAGGAAUCAAAGUUAGCUCUUUGUGUUGAUCCCCAUAUUAAAGUACAACCUCCCUCUCAUUUUUCAGCAGGUUUGCAUGAGGAAUCCCACUGCAAAGAGGUCAAGAACACAACAGCCAGUGUCACUUCAGAGGGACCUCACUCUGUCUCAGACCAGCAGCAUUCAAAAUGCAAACUGGAAACUGCACAGGAACAAAGACUUUCACCAUCUGCAAAGUCUGAUAAAGACUCUAGUGCUGAAAAGGAACAUGUUAGAUCAAAUAUUGAAAACAAGACGGAUGAGCAAAAAGAGGAGUGCUUAAGGAAUGCAAGGGAAAACAAAGAAGAGUUAGGUGUUAGCGAGCUUCAGACUGGUACAUUAAGAACUGGUAGUAAUGUAACAGAUGAAAUAAAAGGAGAUCACAGAGGACAAACAGGAGCACUAGAAACUGGACUUAGUUCAAGUGUUGCCACGCAUCAAACACAGGAAAUGUUUAAAUCAGAGGUGUGUAUUUACGAAGACACAGAAGAAGAUGACGAGGCACUGGGGCCGCCCAGAACUGAGUCAAAAGGUGUCACUGCAAAGGUAGAUACUGACUCGUGGUCUGCCAUGCGGGAGGAUGAUGCUACUUUUGCAGCUCGUGUCAAAGAGGAGGAACAGAAGAUAUUGAAUCUAGCAGUAGACCGUCAAUCUGAGCAAGCAACUCCAGACACAACACCUGGUAGAACACCAACAGAAGAGAGCACUCCCACCAGUGAGCCCAACCCUUUUCUUUUCCAAGAAGGAAAGCUCUUUGAGAUGACCAGAAGUGGCGCUAUUGACAUGACUAAGAGGAGCUACGAGGAAGAGGGCGGAGGUUUUGCCUUUUUCCAGAUAGGUGAACAUCCUUUAGAGGAGCCUGUCUUAGAAGAGGCCAGGGAAGAAAGUAGGAGACCAGCAGCAGAACCUGAAGUUGGCCUCAAUCUAACACUGGAGAUUAAGAUCGAGGAAGAAGAAAAAUCCAAAGAAACAACAAAUUCUCAGCCUCAGUCUCCCCCUGAAAGGGAUCAUACAGCAUCUAAAGCUGAUGCUUCCAAAUCUAAAAUCCCUAAAAUGGGCAUUUCAGCUUCUACAAAGAAAGAUCAGACAUCCCCAGAAGGUCUAGAUACCAAAACAGAUAAACCUGUAAAUGAAGGGUCCUUAGAGGUAGACACAAGUUUCUGUGACCAAAUGAUAACAAAUGUACAGACAGCAGAAUCUACAGUUACCAGAUCUGUUUACUCUGAGCAGGGCCAAGAGUCUUCUGACUCUUCUCCAGAAGAGCCACAGGUGGUAGACACACCCAAACCAACAGAAACAGGAAAAUCAAAACAAAAUGCUUCCAGUAGCAUUAAAAAGACUCCAGCCAAAUCGCAAGCCAAAUCUAUCCCUAGGAGUAAAUCCACAGUUCCCUCUCAAUCCAAAGCAACCUCCUCCUCAACCACUCUUAAAAAAGAGGCAUCCUUUACAUCUGAUUCUAAAUCUAGAAUUCCCAUCAAAGCUAGCACUCCCAAGCCUGAUUCCUCUGUCAAACGUGUUGAAUCUACCCAAGAGAAAAAGCUGAAAGUCCCUGUGAAAAAGGAUACAAGGAGAAAAUCUGAGACAGAUGCAGGUCCCUCUGUGAAUGUCAAAACCAAGAAAACUUCUUUCAAAGCCAAGAGCUUCUGUGAAGGGGAGUCUACCAGGCCCACUGCUAAAAAAGAACAGGGUCGUCCCUUAAGUGUAGAGUCAGCAAAAUCUAAAGGCUUUCAAUCCAGAUUGCCAGUCCGGGGCAAAAGUGUUCAGUCAUCUCAUUCACCUCAUGCACCAGCACCCACUAAAGAGAAAAAAAGGGAGCCAUGCAAAAAGUCUUUGGAUUUCUUUGAGGAGAUAAGCGAUGAGGCAGCAAAACUUGUGGCAAGGUUGGCACAGGCAGGGAAAGAGAAUGAACAAGAGGUUACAGCCACCAACUCAGAUGAUGAGAGCAGUCUCAUUGAUCAGUCAAUAAUAGAAAGGGAAACUUUCUCUGAGAUGCAGUUCCCUCCUUCAGCAGACGUCUUUCCUAUUAGGCCACUGUGGGACGACCCUGUUGAGACACAGAUGCAGCGAAUUCCAGAUGAUACAUUCCAAAGUCAAGUAGACCCACAGGAUGAAGCAGAGAGUAGAGAGGAACGGUUGGCCAUUAUAGCUGACCACUUGGGCUUCAGCUGGACGGAGUUGGCACGAGAGCUUGAUUUCAGUGAGGAAAGGAUCAACCUGAUAAGGAUCGAAAACCCCAACUCACUGCAAGACCAGAGUCAUGCUCUUUUGAAACACUGGGCAGAGAGGGAAGGAAAACAUGCCGCAGAAACAUCUCUCAUCAAAAGGCUGACAAAGAUCAACCGAAUGGACAUCGUUCACCUCAUUGAAACCAAAAUAACAAAGUCCACUCAGGAGGAGACAUCAUCACAUACCUAUGCAGAAAUUGAACGAACCAUAGCACUUGACCACAGUGAAGGUUUCUCUGCCCUUCAUGAAGACAUUGACAGCCCUCGGCCAAGCAGACGCGCAGAGACUGCACGUAGGAGUCCUGGCUCCGGACAAGAUGUCCCAAUGGUGUCAGCAGAAGACCUGUCCUCCAGCUUGUCAUCGCUUCACGACACAACAGGAAGAUCAGAGACAGACUCCAGAGGCCUUCUUAGAAAUGCUCAGAAAGAGAAAUUACAAAAAGAAAUGGAAACAGCAUACUCAUCACAAAGGAUAUAUGAGGAAAUGACAGACUCUGUACACACAAGCAGUUUUAAACAAGAGAUAGCAGAGGAACUAGGGAUGCUGUCCUCUGAUAGCUCAGAGGAGGAGGUGCUGACCACCAGGGUGGUGCGACGCAGAGUUAUCAUUCAGGCUGAUAACUUGCCGGAUAUUCCCCCUCAGACUGUCACGGAGGAAAAGUACAUAGAUGACCAGGGGAACAUGGUUGUUAAGAAAAUCACGCGCAAGAUCAUUCGUAAAUACGUGUCUCCGGACGGCAUGGAGUCGCAGGAAGUGACGAUCGAGGGAUCGCAUCAGGAGACGGUGCAGAUCGAGGAGGGAGACUCUGUUUCCAGAGUGGUGAAGAGAACGGUGCUUCACAGUGAGGGAGAUCAGAGAGAGCUGACAUUUUCAGAGCCUCUGGCUCUCGGCGCUGCCACGUCAUCGGAGUUUGAGGUGGAGCCAGUGCAGGGUCGAAAGGUCAGCAAGGUCGUCAAGAAAACGGUCGUUACGGGAAAGAGGACGGAGAAGCAGAUGGGAGACCCGUCGCUGGCUGUAGAUCUCCCUUCAGCUAGAGAGGACUUUGAGAAGGCUUUGAGUUUUGCCGGAGGCUUUGGGAAAGUGCUCAUGCCUCAUGUAGUAGAGAGACAGAUUGUGCAGGACGACGGUUCUGUGGUUAGAAGAAGCCAAAUGCGUAAGUCGCGAACCCAGAAGAGGACGGUGGUGAGGGACGCCCGGGGGAAGCACGUGCACCUGGAGCGUCUGGACGACACUCCAGCUGCUCGGCAGCCCGACGCCCUGCAGCAGCACCUGCGCCGACUGCUCCAGCAGUACUGCGACGACCACAAGGAGGAGGAGGAGGACGACGAUGAUGAUGAGGAUGAUGGAGAGGAGGGGGAUGAGAAUGAAGACUGAGCAGCUGCUUCCGCUGAUCGUCUCCUCGGAUGGAAAAAGUUCCACACCCGUCACUCGUCAUUCUCUUCUUUCUGUUGGGAAGGAAGCGUUCUGUGCUCCGGCGACGACUCUUCCUUUCGCCAUCGCUGCGUCGUCGUGUUUCAUUUGCUCUUUUCGUAGCCAAAGAAAGCAACUUUUUUUUGUUUAUUUUUUUUUUUGUGGGAUGAUGAUUUUUUCCCAGCUGUUUUCGACCUCUCGGGGCUGCUGCGGUGUCGUCAAACUACCAACGCGCCCGCAGGUGGAUCCAGAUCAAACAUUUUCGCCUCACGCUCGGGCCUCUUCUUGAAGAACUCUUGUAAAAAACAACAAAAAAAAAACUUUUGUAUAUAGAGGAGAUGAAAAAGGGACCGGGGAAGAAAAAAGUCCCAAAAAAAAAAAAAGGAGGGAAAAAAUGAAAAGCAUUUAAUAUGUGAGCCUCAACAUAAACCUGCUGUACAUGCAUCGCCUCAGCUGGAGAAAAGCAACUGUACAGAGAUCAAAGUCACAUGGAGGAGCAAGUGUGCAUCAUCACGGACUCUCGAUCUGUUUACAACACACCUUUUGUCUUCCCAUGAUGCAUCUGCCCCCCCCCCCUUUUUUUUUUGUCGUUGUCGUCAAUGUUCACGUGUCCGUCUAAGUGUGUUCACAUCUUAUCUGCCACCUCUGUGUGUGCUUGUGCGUGUGUAUAUAUCUACAGCGUGUGUACUGAGAAAGAAAGUAGUGAUGAGCACCGCUAUGAUGCAGAUCGAGCACUUAAGCCCCGCCUCCCCCGUAUACGCAGCCGCUCCUGUUGCCCGCCGUCACGUGUGCUGCUUCGACUCGCCUCAGACUCGCCUCAGACUCGCGUCACUGUCUCCGCGAAGCCUUGUAAAGGACGAGUCUGAGUUUUCUUGCCGUCAACAAAUCCCGUGAAAAAGUUACAUAUUGUCUGUGUCUCUAAGCCUGAAUUAAUCUUAAUCCUUUUGUCGUGUCAAACUUUUAAAACCGCAAGUGUGUGACAUGUUCCCUUAUCGCUAUGAACGUAUUAGGACAGUUAACAGAAUACUGUGUGGAGUUUUUGUCGGAUUUUAUUUAGUUUUAAUUCAUUUUUCACAAACAUCUGACUCACUGAAACGGAAACAGAGCCUUUCGUCCGUACUUUGUGUUAAUUUCGUCCGUUUUAUUUAGGCAUUAGCUUCUCUCACUAGGCCUCAUUUACUUUGCGUGUAAAAUUUGGAUUACAAAUCCUGGAUUAAUUUACACGUUCUUACCCAAAUUUGUUCUUUCUCUGCAGAGAAUAUCAUUUUAAAUUCAAUUUAACUUCCUGCUGUCCCAUGUUAACUAAAUGUAUACUACACUUUGUAUUAUUUAUGUAUUUUUAAUGUCCAAGAAUUUAACUUAUUAAUGUUCCAACCAGAUAAAUUAACCAUAAACAUGAGGCCCUUUUAUCCUUGUCAUUUAUAGUCAUCUUUACUGGAAUUAAAAUAACAUUGUUUAACCUAAUUAAUGCUAUUUUAAUUUAAAUGAAAUGUAGCACAGACUGUAAACAAGGAGGUGUGGAGUUUAGUAAAACACUGGUCUACAAGAUUAUAGCAGAGUGCAUUCUGGGAAGUGUAGGAAGUUUGAUCUACAUUAAGUAUAUAUAUAUAUAUAUACAUGCACAUGACUAAUAUAAUAUACAACAAUUAAUAUAUACUAUGGUUUCCCUUGGCUCUUUACCAGGUGAUGAGGAUGUUUAUUGAAUUUUUUUUAGUAGAAUUUAGUAUUUUUUUGUGACCUUUUUUCAUUAUUACUGAAGUUAUUGCAUUUAUAGAGAAUAUAAGAUAUUUACAAACCCCAACGAAUGCACUAUUUGCUCGCUUUCGCGUUCACGUUGAUUUGAAACAACGGAAAGCAGGAGGAAUUUUCUCCUGAAAUUGUGUGAAUUGUUGUGUUUCUUUUUUGAGGUCUUGGAUCGUUUGUGUGAUUUAUCGGGAUUUGUUGACGUGAAUAAAACCCCAGACUUGUCCUUUAAUAAGUGUCUCCUCACAUCACGUGUAGAUGCUUUGCUUUCACUUCUGAUGUUGUUUUUUAAUUGUUGCUCACAAAAGGAACUGACACAUCACACCUUAAAUCCACAUCUGUGUUUCCUUAUUUAUUUAUUGCUGUCUGCUUGUGGCCCCUGUACAGUGUGUGUGUGUGUGUGUGUGAAUGUAGUCUCAAGCUGAAAGUGAAGACAGAUGAUUAUUUUGUGUUUCCCGUCAUUGCAGAGAAACAGAGUGUUGUGGAUUUGAAAGUUGCGUUCAGGCUCUGCAGUUGAGACUUAACACGACAAUAAAAUUGUCCAAAAGUUGACCAUUUGAUUUGAGAAAUGAGCAUCUUGUUUCCAUGGUGAUAAACAAUAUAUACAUAUUAGCAGUGCAACUAUCUACGCGGGCAUGUAUGAUCAAAUUAUUACUAAAAAAAAAUUAAAUAAUAACUAAUAAAAAAUAUGAACCUGAAACGCUAACAAGGCCUAGCAGCUGCAGUGUGUUUACAUGGCAGAACAAUAAAACUGUACAUGUGUCAAAUGUGAA